CGUCGUCACGUACAGUUUAGAGGCCAUGGUGCCUCAGAACUGGAUAAUGUUUGUGGCUGCCGCAUCCUUCUUGUGUUUUUUAUGUUUGUUCUUUCGUUACAGACGGUUUGCGCAAGGGUUUUGGAGACAAUUCUUCACUAAGAUAAUGGCGCGCACGGAAAAGCCGUUGUUCCGAAUCGCGUACACACUGUACACCAGGACCAGGCUGGGCUACAUGUACUACAAGAGACAGAUGAGAAAAGCUCGUGAACAGUUCCCUGCUGGACACUCCACGGUCCAGCCCAUGGAGUUCAGUGAUCUCAAAAUAAUUCCCAUCCCCGUGCUGUCCGACAACUACAGCUAUCUCAUUAUUGACAAAACCUCCAGUGUCGCCGUGGUUGUAGAUCCUGCAGACCCUCAGACCGUUCAGGCUGUUCUGGAGGAGGAGGCAGUGAUGCUGGAUGCAAUACUCUGCACACACAAGCACUGGGAUCACAGUGGAGGAAACAAAGGCCUGAAGAAACUCUACAGCUCAUGUAGAGUUUAUGGAAACUCAGCUGAUAACAUUCCUGGACUCACGCACCCUCUCUCACACAUGGACUCUGUCACCGUGGGUCGUAUGCACUUCAAAGCCCUCUUCACUCCUGGACACACAGUGGGUCACAUGAUCUACCUCCUGAACAGCCAAGCCGUCGACGCCCCACCCAGCCUGUUCUCUGGCGACCUGGUGUUUCUCUCAGGAUGUGGAAGGAUGUUUGAAGGCAGUGCUACAACAAUGCUUUCUUCCCUGGACACAGUGGCUUCUUUAAGUGAUGAGACGCUCCUGUGGCCUGGCCAUGAGUACGCCGAGGACAACCUGUUGUUCGCUGCCGAGGUUGAGCCGCGCAACCUUGCCAGAGAAAACAAGUGUCAGUGGGUGCUGCAGCAGCGAGGCCAAAAGCUGUGCACGAGUCCCUCCACCAUCGGGGAGGAAAAGCAGUACAAUCCAUUCCUGCGCAGCCACUCUGCUGAUCUCCAUCUGGCCCUGGGACUCCAGCAGGUCAUGGAUGAAGACUGGAUCCAGUUCAGGGCCCGGGUUCUGGAGGAGCUGCGGAAACGCAAAGACCUUUACAACAGGAGGUAGUACUGGGUAAACUGACCGGGCUGUUGGUGCAGAAUCACAGACAACACGAGCGGAGCUCUGAGGUACUGUUCAUGAAGCAGACUUUGAAUGUCCAUCAGCCCAGUCACACCUUUGAGUAACUUUGUUCUGUAUUAUUUUACCUGCAUUAUUCAAUCCUACCAGUGGGGGUGUCAAAGUUCACUCUCAUUGGUCACAGAGUUGCUGUGGAAUCAUUAAUCAUGAUUAAUUUUAAUCAUGAUAAAAUGACAGAAAAGUCUGUAUUUUGGGGGAACAGAAAGACUAAUAACAGCAGGUAUGUGUGUGGGUUUCAAACCUGUGUUUAUUUGUGACUAAUCUGAAUGAUGGAAUUAUUAAUAAUAAUAAAAGCAAAACUCAAAAUUUGACGGCGUCUAAAUGAAGGAGUCAGGUUUGUUCUAGAACUCCAGUGAAUCUGCACGUUGUCAGACACAAAAGGGUGAUGGUUGUAAAGACACAGUGAUUUAACCGUCUUUUUCUGUCAACCACGUGUGGACGUUUCAGAAGGACGGCUCAUUGGUCUGUUUUUGAAUCAUCAUUCCAUCAUUUUUAAUCCUUCAGCCACUGACAGCUGCUCUGGACUUUAAAAACGUCUUAAUAAACAGCAAUAAUACGACUGAAGGGAAAUCACAUCUGUGACACCAAUAAACAUAAUAAUAAUAAUAAUGUGUUGUUGAAGGGACACAGGUCAUGACCCCGUCUCUCUUUACAGACUCUUUGGAAACUUGAUGGUAAAUCUUAAAAUUUAGUUAAAUUUUUUCUCAGACACAACUGAACGAUUCUAUUUUAACUUCUGUCAAAGUGAUAGAAAUUGGUGACUAUUCAUAGUCAGCUGAAAUUAUUUUGAAAUAUUUAAAAAUACUAAUAAAUAUAAAUAGAUUAUAAAAGGGUCAUUGAUAAAAUAAUAUAAGAGAUAACAAUAAUAUUUGACACAACAUUGAAUCCAGCACAACAAUCAUAUAAAGUUGUAUUUCCAUUGUGAACACGUGGUAUCAGCAGGUUGUUUUCUGUGUUUACCACAAACCUCCUUUGUUUUCCUGUGAACUUGUUGAUUUAACCUGUGAGUUCUGCCAAAACAACAAUCAUGGAGUUGUUGAAGUAACUGCACAUGUAGAACUGUUUGUUACUGCGGACGUUUGUACCUGUACUACACCAACUACAUGUACUACACCAACUACACGUAGUACAUGUACUACAUGAACUACAUGUACUACACGCUUUAUGAAACGCUGUUGUUUGUAAUGAAGUAAAUGUGACUGAAUUGAACUGUCAUUGAUUUCUGUUUUUAAAUGAUGGUCGUUUUGUUAUAAUUCUCACAUUAAUAAUGUUUUCACACUGACACAUUAAUAACUGUUGGAUGUACGGUGACAACAACAACAACAACCUUUUACACUGUCGUCAACAUUUUCUGCUUCUCGAUGUUUCCUGUGUCUCUUUUCAAUAAAACCAAAUGAAUGUUAAGUUUUUCUCCCACUGAA